CCAUAGGCUACGGUGACUGCUUACCAUCAGGCGGGCCGUAUGCUUGUUUGCCACCGAUGUGUUACUAGUUAAAACGUUCCGCUGCAUAUAAUAUUGUCAAUAUUUUCUUUGCAGGGAUGUCGAGAUUUUUUUUCUUCCAGCUCACGGCUGCUGCAGAGGAAAAAGAAAGAAGAAAGAUUCAGCGCCGAACUCUAAGGGAUGCUGCAAACCCCUUCGAUAUGCCGGACGAAGAGUUCCGGAAAAUAUACAGAUUCCGCAAGGAGGUGGUUUUUUACUUAUGUGAGGAACUGAACGUGGACCUGCAGCCUCACAAAGAUGAUGGAUUGCCAACUCACUUUAAGGUUCUAACAGCGUUACAUCUGCUGGCUGAUGGAAAUUACCAACGUGGGACUGGUCAGGACCAUGGUUUAUCCAUUGGUCAGACAACCGUAAGCCGGUAUCUCGAUCAAUUUGUAGAUGCUGUCAACAGAAGACUUAAAGACCAAUGGAUUAUAUUUCCUGGAAAUGAACGGUUCCGGCGAUCAGUUGCCACAGGAUUUGAGGAGGCAUACGGUCUGCCAAAUAUCUUGGGUGCAGUAGACUGCACCCAAGUGAAGAUAUUUCCUCCACCUCUGCCUCAUGGAGUGCAGUAUCUAAACCGCAAAGGCGUUCAUGCUCUUAAUGUACAGCUAGUUGCAGAUGUCAACUGCAAAAUCUUGGCAGUGAACGCAAGGUUUCCUGGCCGUGUGCAUGACUCGUUCAUAUUUAACAAUUCUUCCAUUAAGGAUGAAUUAAGAAGAUUGUACAACGGCCACAUUGGGGAUUAUUUCCUUUUGGGUGACUCGGGGUAUGCUCUCGAGCCAUGGCUCAUGACGCCAGUGCUGAACCCUGCCCAGGGAAGCCCAGAAGCAAGGUACACUGCCUGGCACUGUCGUGUGCGCAACACAAUUGAGCGUACCAAUGGGUACCUCAAAAAUGUAUUCCGGUGCCUGGGCCACGACCGCGUCUUACACUACAGCCCAGCGAAGGCAUCGUCGAUGAUAAAUGUAUGUUGCGUAUUAUACAACAUAAUGCAAUAUUACAGAGAUCUUCCCGUGGAAAUCGUAGAAGAAAUUGAGGAAGGGGCUCCUCAAGAACUUCCUCAUCGUCAUGCCCAAAACGGACUCUUAUUAAGAGUGGCGCAGGAAAAGCGUGCGCGGCUAAUAAAUACAUAUUUUGCUUAUUACUAUGUUUUAUUAUGAUACAAAUACCUACCUCAUAU